AGAUGCGUCCCUCCCCCCCACUGCUGCUCCACUUCCCCCCUUUUAAUCCACCGCUUUUUCUCUCGCAUCGUCCUCUCCCCCGAACCCGCAGCCGCCAAUCCACACGCCAGAAGCCGCGCCAGCUUCCAGAAGCUUCCCCAGGGGGAAGGUCGCUCUCACUCAUGAGCGUCUGACCGGCCGUCGCCAUGGGUUGCGCCGGAUCCACACCUAAAACCGAUGAUAACAGCAAGAAGCUGAAAAAGCCCAAGCCUUGGAAGCACAAUCAAGCAAUAACAACAACACAACUCAAACAGAUGCGUGAUGAAUUCUGGGACACUGCUCCACAUUAUGGUGGGCAGAAAGAGAUUUGGGAUGCGCUUCGAGCUGCUGCAGAAGCUGAGUUAUCUCUUGCACAAACGAUAGUGGACAGUGCCGGAAUCAUUGUAUCAAAUUCUGACAUGACAAUUUGCUACGAUGAAAGAGGUGCCAAAUAUGAAUUACCAAAGUAUGUUCUGAGUGAGCCAACAAAUUUGAUCAGGGAAGGCUAAGUAAUAUAAUUUGAAGGGCCCAUGUAAAUUAUGUAAAUCUCAUUUGUUCACUGACAUCAGUCUUUGACUUGCUCGAAAUUUGAAUGAAGAUAUUGUUCGCACUUUAAUUCUGGUACUCCUAUAUCAUCUUGACCUGACUCCUGUAUACACUUUAUUGGGCUGUAAGACUACAUCAAUAACAGUGAGCCCCGAUUCACAGUAAAAGUUGACUUGUUGCGUUUUCAAA